CACAACAAAGAAAGGCUGAUUUUUAACAAAGUUCUGCACAAGAAAGGACAAUUAUCAAGAGAGAUUAAACUUGAUUAAGCUUGGUCACCAGGUCUUUGACAAAGUCUUCACCCAACAUCGAGUGUCGACAUGUCUGUGACCAACUGUUUGCUGACUGAAGAUCAGCUUCUGUGCAGCAUCUGCUUGGAUGUGUUCACUGAUCCAGUCACGUUACCAUGUGGGCACAACUUUUGCCAAAAUUGCAUCACGCAGCACUGGGACAGUAGCACCAAUUGUCAGUGUCCGUCAUGCAAAGAGCCGUUUUAUAAAAGGCUCAGUCUGCGAGUCAACACUUUCAUAUCGGAGAUGGCCGCUCAGUUUAAAGAUUCAGCUGAAAGGAGCAGUUCAGAUCAACAAGUUGCCAAACCAGGAGAAGUUUCCUGUGACAUCUGCACUGAAACCAAAAAGAAAGCUGUGAAGUCCUGCCUGGUGUGUCUGGCCUCCUACUGUGACAUUCACUUGCAGCCACACCUGACGGCAUCACCCCUAAAAAGACAUCAGUUAACGGAUCCUGUGGAGAACCUGGAAGGCAGGAUGUGUACGAUACAUGAUAAACCUCUGGAGCUCUUCUGCAAGACCGACCAGAUCUGUGUAUGCAUGCUGUGCCCCGUUUUAGACCACAAAUCACAUGAAGUUGUUCCACUGAGGGAACAAUUUGAGAGACAGAAGGCCGAGCUGGGGAAGACAGAGGCCGAAAUUCAUCGGAUGAUCCAAGAAAGACGGCUGAAGAUUCAGGAGAUCAAACACUUGGCAAAGCUCAGUAAGGAAGCCGCAGACAGAGAGAUGGCUGAUGGUGUUCAGGUCUUAACCGCUAUGAUACAGUCUUUGGAAAGAGCUCGGGCCGAUCUCAUCGGGUCGAUCGAAGCGAAGCAGAAAACAACAGAGAAACACGCCAAAGGUUUUAUCCAAGAGCUGGAGCAGGAGAUCUCUGAGCUGAUCAGGAGACGUGCUGAGGUGGAGCAGCUCUCACGCUCAAAAGACCACCUCCACUUCCUGCAGAGCUUUGCAUCCCUCAAUACAUCUACAUUCACCAAGGACUGGUCAAAGGUCACCAUACAUCCGCCAUCGUACGAGGGGACUGUGAGGACGGCUGUGGAUCAGCUGGAGGAAACCCUCGGCAAAGAGAUGAAGACGCUGCUACAUGAGGCUGAGCUAAACCGAGUCCAGCAGUUUGCAGUGGAUGUGACUCUGGAUCCUGAUACUGCACAUCGAGCUCUCAUCCUCUCUGACAAUGGCAAAGAAGUGUAUCAUGGUGUCGUGAAGAAGAAUCUCACAGACAGUCCCAAGAGAUUUAAUCCUAGCUGUUGUGUCUUGGGGAAACAGAGUUUCUCCUCUGGGAAAUUUUACUUUGAGGCUCAAGUUAAGGAGAAGACAAGAUGGACUAUAGGAGUCGCCAAAGAGUCAAUCAAAAGGAAGGGGAUAAUCCCACUGUGCCCGGACAAUGGCCACUGGACCAUGUGGCUGAAAAAUGGAGAUGAAUACGCUGCUCUUGUUGGCUCUCCUCUGCGUCUCUCUCUAAAUUCAAAGCCGCAGAAGGUGGGAGUGUUUGUGGAUUAUGACGAGGGUCUGGUCUCUUUUUAUGACGUAAAUGCUGCAGCUCUUCUCUACUCCUUCACCGACUGCUCCUUCACAGAGACUCUCUGCCCAUUCUUCAGUCCUGGUCUUAAUAAUGACGGCAUCAACUCUGCCCCAAUGAUCAUUUCUGGCAUCAAUCAGACUGAUCUUUUAAAAAAAUGA